AUGCUCCGCGCAUCCCUCGCCAAGUCCUCCCCCCCUGUCCUCCGCCGCUGCAUGACAUCGCUAGCCUCCGCCAAAAAAGAAGGCGACAUCUCGGAUGCAUUUACUUCGCUAUCCGGGGCCCAGCGCGAGCCUUUACCAGAUCGAUAUCGUCAGCUGAAACUUGCACUCCUACAAGGUCGAGAAGAUAAGAUUGUGCAAUCAUGGAAGAAGCUGCUUCGUGAGUUGAAGCGGGAGAAUGAGAUUGUUGCGAACAAGGGACCGGGUGUUAUACCACAGAUUGAGUUUAAGGACCUUGAGAAGAGGAAUGAUGCAUUGAGGGAGGAGGUUAAGAAGAGAGGCGUUGUUGUGGUGAGGGGUGUUGUUCCGGAGGGUGAGGCGAGGGCGUAUAAGGCUGAGGUGGAGGAGUAUGUUGCUAGGAAUCCAUCUACACGAGCAUUUCCACCUCACGAUCCUCAAGUCUACGAAUUAUACUGGUCACCACCCCAACUAAAAGCCCGCUCACACCCAAACUUCCUGUCCGUCCAACAAAACCUCAUGUCCCUCUGGCACACCACAUCCCCGACAUCAAUCUCCCUCUCCCAACCCUUCAGCUACGCCGACCGCCUGCGUAUCCGCCAACCCGGCGAUGCCAGCUUCGCUCUCGGUCCCCACAUCGACGGCGGAAGUGUCGAGCGCUGGGAACCAGAGGGUUACGGCGCAGGACACGUCUACGACUCCAUCCUCCAAGGAAACUGGGAGACCUACGAUCCAUGGGAUGCAAGCGGCCGUGUCGACGCUGUGAACAAUCGGUACGAUGGAUUGGGUGCAUGUUCGAUGUUUAGAAUGUGGCAGGGGUGGAUGAGCAUGAGUCGUACGAAGCCUGGGGAGGGGACAUUGUUGGUUAAUCCGCUGGUGAAGCUAUCUAUGGCGUAUGUGCUGCUGAGGCCGUUUUUCAAGGCGAGGAGUGGAAGUUUGGGGGAGGGGUACUUGGAGGAGGGGAAUUGGGAGUUGAUGAGGGAUGUUGAUAGUGAGUUGCAGGGUGCGACGCCGGGGACGGGACAGGAGUUGACGGGUGAGCUGCAUCCGCAUUUGGAGCUUGAGAGGACGAUGGUCCACGUCCCUGAGAUACGACCUGGAGAUUUCGUAGCAUGGCACUGCGACAGUAAGUCUCUCCACUCUAACUCUUACUACCCCAAAUUACCAUCGGUAUUAAUGAACAUAGCAAUCCACUCAGUCGACAAAGUACACGCCGGCAAAGCAGACUCUUCAGUGCUGUACAUCCCCAUCUGUCCGAUCACGGCGCAGAACGCAGAGUACAUGGUCCGUCAGCGCGAGGCUUUCCUCCGUGGCACGCCGGGACCGGACUUCCCUGGCGGUGCGGGGGAGGCCGGGCAUGUGGGGCGGGGCACGGAGGAGAUGCUUGACGGAGCGGCUCGUCGGGCGAUGGGCCUGAGUGCGCUGAGGACGGAGGGGGAGGGGGAUGUUGUGAGAGAGGCGAAUCGGAUCCUUGGGUUUUAG